CCGUGGAGUCCGGCUGGGGGUUGGCAGUAUAUCCGGAAGACAGAUGGGACAACCCGAGCGUAUUUUUUUCCACGCUUGUUAAAAGCGGUAAAAUAAGACUUUUGUAAAUGGUCGGCUGAGCUUUCUGUCUUCAGCUUGUCUUCUCCGUGAAAGCUGAUUCGAACCAAAAGGAGACUCAAUGAGGAAACAGCGCAAGAAAUAGUGAAAAGUCCCGGGAGGCAGAGCAACAGCUCUUCUUACCGACAUUAACCAGCAGAGGAACAGAGAAGGAAAGACCCACCUGAAGCUCUCAGCAGGUCUAUGAGACAGUGAAUCAUGAGACUAACAGGCCCCCUGAGAGCCGUGGCGGUGCUGCUGCUGGUGGGGCUCACCUGGCUGCUGGCCAACACCUUGUUUGGAGGAGAGAGCGGCUCGUCUGUUCGCCAUUUCUUCAGCGGUGAAAACAAGGAACCAACACCUGCUGAACCUCGCCCCCGGAAAUUUAAAUGUGGACUUUCGGCUCCUUGUCCCCCGAAACAUUUGGCUUUCCGUCUGGUGUCCGGAGCUGCAAACGUCAUCGGGCCUAAAAUCUGCCUGGAGGACAAGAUGUUGGUGAGCAGCGUGAAGAACAACGUUGGCAGAGGACUCAACAUCGCUUUAGUGAACGGGGUGACAGGAGAGCUCUUGGACACGAAGACGUUUGAUACGUGGGCAGGAGAUAUUUCUGAGCUGCUGAAGUUUCUCCGACCGCUCCACGAAGGAACUCUCGUGUUUGUGGCUUCCUUUGACGAUGCAGCUACAAAGUUGAACGAUGAGUCCCGGCGGCUGUUUGAGGAGCUGGGGAGCACGGCGGUGAAGGAGCUGGCCUUCAGAGACAGCUGGGUGUUUGUUGGAGCCAAAGGCAUCGAGAACAAGAGUCCCUUUGAGCAGCGGAUGAAGAACAGUAAGAGCAGCAACAAGUACGAAGGCUGGCCCGAGUCUCUGGAGAUGGACGGCUGUAUCCCUCUGAGACCGCCCCUGGAGGGGUAACACCGCCCCUGGAGGGGUAACACCGCCUCUGGAGGGGUAACACCGCCCCUGGAGGGGUAACACCGCCCCUGGAGGGGUAACACCGCCUGAUCCAAACUAAAUACAAAAAGCCAAGUAGCUGCUGAAUGACUGAAACCAUCCCAACAUCUGGGGCCACUAACGGCAUUUUUUUUUAUUUCUCCUCGUGGCGUUAGUUGACUGCAAAGACCGACGUGGGACUCGAUAUAUUUCAAAUUGCUGGAACUUGUUAUAGAGGACUUGUGCAUUAACUCUAUGGAGUCUUGGACUAUUUUGUCCAUUUUUAAAUCCUUUUCAUGUCUUUUUGUG